AAAAAAUGCGUUUUCCAAUUACCAAACAACUAUCCCAAAUCAAAGCCCAAAUGAUCAUCAACUCUGAAACACCACACACACUAAACACACUUCUUGUUUCACUCACAAACAAACACACCCCACAUUAUUACCCUUUCUAUCUCUAUAAUCAAAUGCUUCAAAACCCACAAACACACAACCAUUUGACUUUCAAUCAUGUACUAAAAACAUGUUGUGCUACACAUUCUUUCACCAAAGGCCAAGAAACACAUUCCCAUGUUAUAAAAACAGGACAUUUUUCACACACUCAUAUUCAAAACUCGUUUAUUCAUUUCUACAUCCUUCAACACGACGUCGUUUCAGCUUACCGGGUUUUCCAGAGUAUCGAAUACCCGAAUGUGGUUUCCUGGACUUCUAUAGUGUCCGGUUUUGCGAAAUGUGGGUUUGAGAGUAAUGCGAUUUUUAUGUUUUCUUUGAUGGAUGUUGAACCAAAUGCUAAUACAUUAGUUAGUGUUUUGUCUGCUUGUUGUAGUGUUGAGUGUUUGAAUGUUGGGAAAUCUGUUCAUUGUUAUGGGCUAAAAUGUUUGGAUCAUGGGAAUGUGAUUUUUAAUAAUGCAUUGUUGAAUUUUUAUGCGAAAGUUGGGACAUUGGAGAAUGCGCGUAAGGUGUUUGAUAAAAUGCCUAAGAGAGACGUAGUAAGUUGGAGUACAAUGGUGGGUUGUUUUGUGAAAUGGGGUUUUUGCGAAAAUGCGAUUAGGGUGUUUAAUGAGAUGGUGGAAGGUAGUGAAAUUAGGCCUAAUGAGGCGACUAUAGUAAAUGUAGUGGCGGGUUGUGCUUCGCUUGGAACGUUGAGUUUGUGUGAGCGAGUGCACAAUUAUGUAUUAGGAAGACGCGAUAUAUGUAUUGAAGGAAACGUCGGUAAUGCAUUGGUGAACAUGUAUGUAAAAUGUGGAAAUAUGAGGACAGCGAUUAGUGUGUUUAAAGCGCUUAGGUUUAAGGAUAUCGUGUCGUGGAGCACGAUGAUUAGUGGGGUGGCAAUGAAUGGGCUAGGACAUCAUGCUUUGUCACUCUUUGGUCUUAUGUUGGUUCAUGGGGUUGUACCUGAUGACGUUACGUUUAUAAGCUUGUUAACCUCGUGUAGCCAUAGUGGGCUGGUUGAUGAAGGGCUGAGGUUGUUUAAUGCCAUGGUUAACGUAUAUGGGAUCGAAGCUAAUGAGAGGCAUGGUGCGUGUAUUGUGGACUUGUAUGCACGAGCAGGGCGGUUGAAAGAAGCAGAGGAUUUUGUGAUGGGUAUGUGUAUAGAACCAGAUGGGCCGGUUUGGGGUGCAUUAGUUAGUGCUUGUAGGGUUCAUGGGAAUGAAAUGAUGCUUCAAAGAAUUGGUCAGGCCCUUGUCGAAAAAGGUGCAAAUGGUGGAACUUUGGCUUUGGUUUCAAAUAGUUACGCGAGUUCAAGUAGAUGGGAUGAGUCCAUGGAGAUUAGAAAUGUAAUGAGUUGCUUAGGUUUAAAGAAAAUGGCUGGUCGUAGCUGGAUCGAGCUUGAUGUAUAGACUAUAUAGAUUAGUAUCAACAACAUAACUGAGAUAUUCAAUUAGACAUUAAAAGUGAAGUAAUUGCACCAAAUAUCUUGAUCUACUUCUUUUGGUAUUCUA